AUUUCACCAUGUCGUUUAUGCUAAAUGCGUGGCGAACCCAGCCGGUCAUCUUCAUGUCGUUUGUCUUCACCGGCUUUGGUCUUCUCUCCUUCUACGCCGGCCCUAUUCGAUACAAAAAGGGUUACGAUUACACGCCCCCUCUGUCAUAUCCCGGUGAGUACUAUGUGUUCUGUUCAAUAGAUUUUGAUAUGUUCCAAACGAGUUUCUUCAAUUUGAGUGAUCGCUAUCAGAGUCCGCUAAAAUGUAUGCGAUAUUGGGACGAUAGAUUGGGUGUGCCGGUUCAGAUAGAAAUGUUGAUGGUGUAUGGUAAAUGCAUACAGGAGUCGUCCAAUGUUCGCUUUGCUUAA